AAGCCUCGCGAGGACGACAAGACUUCACCUCGCUCUCCUGCCGUGGACGCGUGGAUGCUUAUCGCGACUUUGCGCACAUGUGCAGUACUGUACCAGGCGCAGGACGUGACGUCACAGGGGAUUACAGCUUUGACAAAGACUCCUCGCCAACGUCACACCACUGCAACAUGACGGCCCUGCCCUCCGUCGCCAUGGACACCAACAACAACACAGCACAGGUGAGUCCACCUGGAGGCCUCUCGGAGAACGACAGCGGCGUGGAGCUCGCCAACGACCACAGCCCGCUGACUCCCGCCCAGCCGCCGUCGCCCUUCGGCCCCGCCCCCUCCCCGCCAGAUGGCCAGGUGUGCUUGGAAGGAGGCGGAGUCAGGAGCAGGAAGGAGGAGGAGUCCCACAGCAAAGACAAGUCCCGGCUGGCGUUGAGACAGAGGCCACGCCCCCGAAGCAUCUUCCAGGCCGGCCUGACGCCGCACGCCAAGCGCCGCAGAGUCACGCGUAAACACGAGCGUGUCGCCGCCAACCUGUGUGGGCGACCUUCCCAGGUGGUCUGGUCUGCCCAGGUCCCAGAUCCGGCCCAGCUGGACCUGCUGGAACACGACUCCAAGGACUCGGCCCAGAGCGGCUGCAGCGGGUCCAGUUGUGAGCCGCACAGCGAGUACAACGACAACAAGGGCUUCAAGAUGGGCCAGCUGGUGUGGGGGAAGAUCAAGGGCUUCUCCUGGUGGCCAGGCAUGGUGGUGACGUGGCGCGCCGCCGGCAAGCGCCAGGCCGGCCCCGGCAUGCGGUGGCUGCAGUGGUUCGGAGACGGGAAGUUCUCCGAGGUCUCUGCGGACAAGCUGGACUCCAUCACGGCGUUCUCCAAGUUCUUCAGCCAGGCGUCCUACACCAAGCUGGCAUCAUACCGCAGGGCCAUCUUCCAGGCUCUGGAGAUGGCCAGCAUCAGGGCAGAGAAAACCUUCCCUCCCUGCGAGUCGGACAAUCCUGACGACCAGGUCCAACCCAUGCUGGACUGGGCACACGGCGGCUUCCUGCCUAAAGGCCAGGAGGGACUCAAACCCACGCACAGUGCAGACAGCAGCCCCUUAGCCCUGCAAGUCCUUGACGUGUCCCUGCCAGACUACCCCCCCAGCGCCAAGCGUCCCAGGAUCAGUGUGUGCAAGACCAAGGACGCCCCGGAGGAAUCCUACAGCAGAGAACAAAUGGUCAAUGAAGUGCUGAGAAACAAAAGAAGUAUUGAAGAGUUCUGCCUCUCCUGUGGCAAGAUGAGGGCAGCGACCUUCCAUCCACUCUUUGAAGGAGGCCUGUGUCAAACCUGCAAGGACGUGUACCUGGAGACAUCCUACAUGUACGAUGACGACGGCUACCAGUCCUACUGCACCGUCUGCUGCGGCGGGCGAGAGGUUCUGCUGUGCGGCAACGCCAACUGCUGCAGGUGUUUCUGCGUGGACUGUCUGGAUCUUCUGGUGGACCCGGGAGCCUCCAACAACGCCCGCUUCCUGGACCCGUGGCGAUGCUACAUGUGCCAGCCGCCGCUGCAGUACGGCGUCCUCAGACGGCGGCACGACUGGAGCGUCAAACUGCAGGAGUUCUUUGGGAACGACAAAGGCCAAGAGUUUGAGACACCAAAGAUUUACCCAGCAGUCCCUGCAGAGCAGAGGCGGCCAGUCAGAGUCCUCUCCCUGUUCGACGGCAUCGCCACAGGCUACCUGGUCCUUAGAGAUCUGGGCUUCAAGGUGGACCUGUACGUGGCGUCUGAGGUGUGCGAGGACUCCAUCUCUGUCGGCGUUGUCCGACAUGAAGGAAAGAUCCAUUAUGUCCACGAUGUCCGAAACAUCACCAAGAAAAACAUUCUUGAGUGGGGUCCAUUUGACCUCGUCAUCGGGGGCAGUCCGUGCAAUGACUUGUCUAUUGUCAACCCAGCAAGAAAGGGUCUCUUUGAAGGGACAGGGAGGUUGUUCUUUGAGUUCUACCGUCUGCUGAGCGAGGCCAAGCCCAAAGAGGGAGAGAACCGACCGUUCUUCUGGAUGUUCGAGAACGUGGUCGCCAUGGGUGUCAACGACAAGAGGGACAUCUCACGAUUCCUGGAGUGUAACCCUGUGAUGAUUGACGCUAUCGAGGUCUCUGCUGCCCACCGUGCUCGAUACUUUUGGGGGAACCUACCAGGCAUGAACAGACCUCUGUGUGCGUCCGGGAUGGACAAACUGGUGCUGCAGGACUGUCUGGAACACGGGCGAGUGGCAAAGUUUGGAAAAGUGCGCACCAUCACCACGCGCUCAAACUCCAUCAAACAAGGAAAGGACCAGCACUUCCCUGUUCUGAUGAACGGCAAGGAGGACAUCUUGUGGUGCACGGAGCUGGAGAGGAUCUUCGGCUUCCCGGUCCACUACACAGACGUGUCCAACAUGGGUCGAGGUGCUCGGCAGAAACUCCUAGGCCGGUCCUGGAGCGUUCCUGUCAUCCGGCAUCUUUUUGCCCCUCUCAAAGACUUCUUUGCCUGCGAAUAGACACCACCCGGCACAUAGACAUGCACCUCCAAUUGACAGAAAUAAGAAACCCCUUGAUAGCCGCCAAUUAUCACAGCUCUUCACCAGUAAAUAGGCACAACCUGAAGCACCACCCAACCCUAGAAAACAGACGCCGUCUGUGAGAAGAGGCACCACCCAUCCCCAGUAAAUAGACUCCUUACGAUAGAAAUUGUCUUAUUGUUACCAUUAAUCAGCAGCAAAUAAAAGCCAUCUGCCACCACAAAAUAAACACCACCCAAUGAUAGGAAACAGACCACGUUAAGUGAUACUACCUGUGACCAGAAAAUAGACACUACCCAUCCCCAGUAAAUAGACUCUUUACGAUAGAUAGUGUUUUAUUGUCACCAUUAAUCACCAGCAAAUAGAUGCCAACCAUCACCGGAAAAUAAACACCAGCCAAACCUAGAAACUUGACCGUGAUAAAUGAUA